AAAAUGAAAAAUCUCGUCCUGAUUUCUCCUACCUUCGUUCCCAAGUCUCUCAUUUCUUAAACCCUUCCCCGAUCUCGUCUCUCGAUGCCCCAUCUCCUCAGAUCCAUACCUCCGUCCUCGCCGUCCUAGAUCUCAGCUCCUCUCCAUUGAUCAUCGGCGUUGAGCCUUCUCCGGCGAGUUCUUGGUGAGUUUUUGGCAAUGGGAGGCGUGCCGUCGACGCCGCGCGGUGGGAACCUGCGGCAGGAGGAUGCGGAGUACCUCAUCGGGGAGUUUGUCGGCAAUCGGGCUUACCCCGUUUCUUCUGACUUUUGGCAGAAGCUGCUUGAUCUCUCCCUCACCGUCCAGUGGCCCCAUGACCGUAUUCUUCACGCGUGCGAGAUGCUCGCACAGAAUAAUCACCACACAAGGCAUCUUGGGAAGGUUUUGAUUCAUUUGGUUCUAUGUUUGCAAGACUCUAUGUCAAGUUCUACUGCUUCCUCAGCUAGCUAUAAGAAGGCUGUGAAUGCUACCUACAUAUCAUCUGUGUUUCUUAAGUACAUCAUUGAAAAUUCAAAAAGUGAGAAAUUUGAAGAUCUAUGUCUCAGUUUUGAUGAAGAUACGAAGAUUCAUGCUACCUCUCCUACGGACCAAAGCAUAGAGAGUUUUUUUAUGCGGGGUGUGCUAAGUUAUAUUGGUGCGUCAGAUGUAAGUCCUCACUCAUGCCUCCUGCAUCAUGAACUUCUGAACUUGAUGUUCGUGGCCAUGUCCACUCAGCUUCGUUCUGGGCCAUCCCCUGGUACGAAGGAUGUGCAUCCUUUCAUUGACGCAGCAAUGAUUCAGGAGAGCACUGUGGUUGCUGCUGUUGUUCGCAGAUUAUUGCUUAAUUUUAUCAUGAGGCCACGUGUUCCAUUUAAUGGUUCAAAUUAUCCUGUUUUCCCUGAAGGAAGCCAGCCUGGUGUAUUACAAAGAGUUAGUUCUGCUGCUGCCAAUUUUGUUCUACUGCCCUAUUACACAUUCAAUUACCUUGUUAGUUCAAGCGGUGAAGGUUUGAGAAGUCCCUUGGCUGAUAAAAGUUUACUUCUUUUGCUCAUCCUCGUUCAUUAUCGUAAGUGCGUUAUUGAGGAUGCGUCCAUCACAAAAACUAAUGUGGAGGCUAUUGGCGGUAACUCGUAUAUGAAAGAGACAUACUUCUGUGAAAAUCCUUACUGCAAGGCAUUGAAUAGCGUGAGGGAUGUUGAAUUUGAUCGUGUUGAUAUUGAGGGGAAUGCACAAAGCGGGCCAGUUGUGAGAUUGCCAUUUGCCUCCUUAUUUGACACUCUUGGACUGUGCUUGGAUGGUGAAAGCUCUGUCCUCUUGUUAUAUUCUUUGGUCCAUGGAAAUUCUGAUUUUCUGGAAUAUGUCUUGGUGCGCACUGACUUGGAUACAUUGUUAAUGCCAAUUCUGGAAACACUUUAUAACGCUUCAAAAAGGACACCCAAUCAAAUCUAUAUGUUAUUAAUUGUCCUUCUCAUAUUGAGUCAAGAUUCAUCCUUCAAUGCAAGCAUUCAUAAAUUGAUUCUUCAAAGUGUUCCUUGGUAUCAAGAGCGACUUCUGCAUAAGACCUCUCUUGGUUCUCUGAUGGUUGUGAUACUAAUAAGGACUGUGAAGUAUAACCUCUCUAAGCUGCGGGACGUGUACUUGCAUACAAACUGCCUUGCUAUUCUGGCAAACAUGGCUCCUCAUGUUCAUAAGUUAAGUGCCUACGCAUCUCAGAGGCUGGUUAGCCUUUUUGAUAUGCUCUCACGCAAGUAUAUCAAAUUAACUGAUAUCAUGGAUGAUAGUGUCCUUAAAAUUGCACCUGACCAAUUUGAAGGGAACGUUACAAAAGAAGACAUGUCACCAGAGCUUCACAUUUAUACAGAUUUUCUUCGAAUUGUUCUGGAAAUUUUCAAUGCAAUUCUUACAUAUGCCUUGCCACGAAAUCCUGAGGUUGUAUAUGCGAUAAUGCAUCGCCAGGAAGUCUUUCAACCUUUCAAGAAUCACCCACGAUUCAAUGAACUGAUUGAAAACAUAUAUACCGUAUUAGACUUCUUCAAUAGUCGUAUGGAUAUGCAGCAAAUGGAGGGUGAAUGGUCUGUAGACAAAGUCCUUCAAGUCAUCAUUACAAAUUGUCGAUCAUGGCGUGGUGAAGGAAUGAAGAUGUUCAAUCAGUUACGCUUCACUUAUGAGCAAGAAAGUCAUCCUGAGGAAUUCUUUAUUCCAUAUGUCUGGCGACUAGUUGUGUUCGAUAGUUUCUCCUUCAAUCUUGAUGCCAUAACUUUGUUCCCAAUUGAUCAACCUGUAUAUGAAACUCAGUCUGGUGAAUUAGAUGUGUAAAGCGAAUAUCACCUGCCUUUUAUUCAAACAAGCUUUUCAUACUGAGCAUCCGGAUGAUCGAUCAGGAGCACCAGUGUACAUAAUACCAGGAAAUAUUCAUCUCAUUCUUUGUGUUCAUAUCAGUGCGACUCAUCAGUGUAACCCCAGAAUGUAGAGGUCUCAUAUUGAAUAGCAAGAU